UACAUAAUAGUAAUCGCAAUCUCGAAGUGACCACACUGCUAGCGAACUACACUAAAUUGUUUAAAAUAUUACAAUCCUUUGAAAACAAAGAAAGAGUGCGAAGAAAAAUGAACGUUCAAGAUAAAACCGAAAAGAAGAGAAUGAAAAUGCAAGAUGUUGAAAUUUUAAACCUCCCAGAUGAAAUACUGCUCUGCAUCUUUGAAUAUGUUAAUAUCUCCUCACGUAAAAAUGUGUCUCAAGUAUGCUGGAAGUUUUAUGAACUGAUAUGUAUUGUAGAACGCGAUUGUCAUCCAUUAGAAAUUUCUAAUCAACAGAUCUGUGAUGCAGGAAUUCGCAGUUCAAUUGUAAAAUCAUAUCGGAAAUUUGAACACUUGAAAAUCGAUAUCAAUUAUAUUGCCGUGGACAACAUUGAAUAUAUUUUAGAUGUGAUGGGAAAGUUUGGAGAAAGAUUAAAAAGAUUUAAAUUGUGGUCUUCAAAUCCAGAUCAAGAUUCAGAAUUUACAACUGAGGGUCUGAUAAAAAUAUUGGAUUGUCUUCCCAAUGUAGAAGAUUUGACACUGACAAAUAUUCAUUUUCAAAGUGAUUUGAAUGUGAACCAUGAUAAAUCUGAGUUCAACAUGCACAAACUGAAGAAGUUGGAGAUUAAUGUUUGCUCUUUCAUGUUUCCAAACAUUUUACACAAAAUUCCAAAGAACACAUUAAGAGAUUUGAUCUUCCUACCUUUUGAAUUUGAUGUGUCAAGUUUCCAAAAAUUCUUCAAUCAACAAACCAACAUUAGAAAGCUUGAAGUAUUUGAAUUCCAAGAUAUAAACUUCAAUCAUCUGGAACUCGAACAUUUGAAAAUUUUCUUAACUUUUGAGUUGCCUGCGGUGUUACGACAGCAACCAAAACUUCGUUAUCUCGAAUUAAAUGAGAAUGAUAUGGAUAACGAAAUUUUUACAGUAAUGUGCGACUUAAAAAAUCUUGAAGUCGCUAAAAUGAGCCACGGUCAAGUGUCUUGUAACAUUUUCAACUCACUGAAAAAAAUGUCCAAUUUAAAGGAACUUCAAUUAUGGACCAAUAGAGAUGACGAUGAGUGCCAUCAUCUUUUAGAGUUCAGUAUGAUGCAUUCCUUGCAAAUUGAAAAGCUUACGCUUUUAUGCCCUGAGAGGAAAAUUUCAGAAGAUAUUUUGAUACAAUUGAGUCAACAUUUUCGAAAACUAAAACAUAUUGAAUUCCUAUCUUCAAGGAUCGUUAAUAUUAACUUGAUCAAAACAAUAUUAGAAUAUUUUCCUAAUCUCGAAUUGAUUGUAUUCGAAUUCUAUUUCCAUCCUCCAGAAGAUAUUUUAAUCAUAAGUGAAGAUUUGAGACAUGAAAAUCUUAAACAAUUGGAAGUGACUAACAACAAGACCUUUAACGUUGAAAAUACUAGAACACUUCUCAAACUAAUCAGUGUCUGCCCAAACCUGGAACGAAUUAUAAUAUCAAAAUUAACCGGAAUUGUUCACGAAGAUCUACAACAAAUUCUUGAUGAUCAUCCAAAGUUGACACAUUUGAGUCUUGAAUUUGAUAGAUUUACUUUUCAACAUGAAACAAUUGAACUUAUUCAUAGUGCUGGAAGCAGACUUAAAGACAUUCGAUUUGGUGGACUGAGGAAGUGUCCAUCUGAUUCAGCUUUAAAAAUAUUAUUUGAAGACGAAUUUCCUAACAUCUCAUCCCGGAAAAAUUUAGAAAAUGGAAUGACCAAAUUCAUUAUGAAGAAACGAAAUAUUUCCGAGUGGUAUUCAGAUUUCGAUUUCACAGGAUUUUAUGGUUAA